CCGGGGAGAGGGAGUGGGGACUGGCUAGCCGUGUCCGUGGCCACCGGGCUGUGAGUGUGUGGUGUCCACGUCUGGAGUGGGGCGACUCCAAAUACAUGACAAAGUUCACGUAACAGAGGCCUUGGAAGGACGCUUUGCAUCAGGACACCCCGCAGAGACCAGCCAUUCCUGGGCUCCCGGAGAGGUCUGGAUUUGCCCCAAAGAGCACUCCAAAAAUUGAACUGAGAUAUCCCGAAAGCUGCCUGAAUUUGCCUGAAUUCUUGUUCUAUUUCCUGUAAAGGACCAGACAAGUCAAAUUGGUGAUUUUUUGGUUCCCAGCAGCCGUGGAUGCCUCUGACAUCAUGACUGCCGAAGAUUCCGCCGCCGCCGCCAUGAGCAGCAGCGACCCUGCGGCGCCCGAAUCCUCCUCCUCCUCCUCCUCCACCUCGUCCUCGGCCCGGGCGGCCCCCGAGGGCGUGGCGGGCGCGCCCCACGAGGCGGCGCUGCUGGCGCUGCUGGAGCGCACGGGCUACUCGAUGGCGCAGGAGAACGGGCAGCGCAAGUACGGCGGCCCCCCGCCCGGCUGGGAGGGCGCGCCGCCGCCGCGCGGCUGCGAGGUCUUCGUGGGCAAGAUCCCGCGCGACGUGUACGAGGACGAGCUGGUGCCCGUGUUCGAGACGGCGGGCCGCAUCUACGAGCUGCGCCUCAUGAUGGACUUCGACGGCCGCAACCGCGGCUACGCCUUCGUCACCUACUGCCACAAGGCGGAGGCCAAGCGCGCCGUGCGCGAGCUCAACAACCACGAGAUCCGGCCGGGCCGCCUGCUGGGCGUGUGCGGCAGCGUGGACAACUGCCGCCUCUUCAUCGGCGGCAUCCCCAAGACCAAGAAGCGCGAGGAGAUCCUGGAGGAGGUGGCCAAGGUGACGGAGGGCGUGCUGGACGUGAUCGUGUACGCCAGCGCGGCCGACAAGAUGAAGAACCGCGGCUUCGCCUUCGUCGAGUACGAGAGCCACCGCGCGGCCGCCAUGGCGCGCCGCAAGCUCAUGCCGGGCCGCAUCCAGCUCUGGGGCCACCAGAUCGCCGUGGACUGGGCCGAGCCCGAGAUCGACGUGGACGAGGACGUCAUGGAGACCGUGAAGAUCCUCUACGUGCGCAACCUCAUGAUCGAGACCACCGAGGACGCCAUCCGCCGCGCCUUCGGCCAGUUCAACCCGGGCUGCGUGGAGCGCGUCAAGAAGAUCCGCGACUACGCCUUCGUGCACUUCGCCAGCCGCGAGGACGCCGUGCUCGCCAUGGGCCGCCUCAACGGCGCCGAGCUGGAGGGCUCGUGCCUCGAGGUGACGCUGGCCAAGCCGGUGGACAAGGAGCAGUACUCGCGCUACCAGAAGGCGGCCAAGGGCGGCGGCGGCGGGGCCGGUGGCGGCGGGGCCGAGGCGGCCGCCCUGCAGCAGCCCGGCUACGUGUACUCCUGCGACCCCUACACGCUGGCCUACUACGGCUACCCCUACAACGCGCUCAUCGGGCCCAACCGCGAGUACUUCGUGAAAGCAGGCAGCAUAAGAGGCCGGGGCCGAGGCGCAGCUGGCAACAGAGCCCCAGGGCCCAGGGGUUCCUACCUCGGGGGAUACUCUGCUGGCCGUGGCAUAUAUAGCCGAUAUCAUGAAGGGAAAGGAAAGCAGCAAGAAAAAGGAUUUGAACUUGUACCGAAUCUGGAAAUCUCUACGGUCAACCCCGUUGCCAUUAAACCCGGUGCAGUGGCCAUCCCUGCCAUAGGGGCCCAGUAUUCCAUGUUCCAGGCGGCUCCCGCCCCUAAAAUGAUUGAAGAUGGCAAAAUCCACGCCAUGGAGCACAUGAUCAGCCCCAUCGCCGUGCAGCCGGACCCAGCCGCGGCCGCGGCCGCCGCCGUCAUCCCCGCGGUGACAACGCCGCCGCCUUUCCAGGGCCGCCCCAUAACUCCAGUGUACACGGUGGCUCCAAACCUUCAGAGAAUCCCCGCCGCCGGGAUCUACGGGGCCAGCUACGUGCCAUUUGCCGCCCCGGCCACGGCCACGAUCGCCACACUACAGAAGAACGCGGCCGCGGCCGCCGCCGUCUACGGAGGAUACGCGGGCUACAUACCUCAGGCCUUCCCCGCCGCUGCUAUCCAGGUCCCCAUCCACGACAUCUACCAGACAUACUGACUGCCCCACGGAACUGCCGCUGAAGGAACACUUUACUAUUUAUGAAGAAAGAGCGUGGUGGAUCAGCACACACAUGACACCUGAACGUGAAGAAUGUAGUCGAGUACCAUACUGGAAUAUUUUAUACACACACAUGAAGUUUUCCCUAGUUUUUUAAGACUAUUUUUUCCACCGAGAAGGCCUGUGUUCAUACAUUUCUAAGAGACUUGCAAUGGUUCGUGCCUUAAGAUCAUCUCUUAAAAAAAACCAAUUUGUAUGCUGUAGUAGUACUUUUGUAUAGAGGUUUUUGGUGUUUUUCUUUUUUUUUUUUUUUUUUGUAUUUUUAAGGAUAUAUUUUCAGUAUGAAGGUUAUUUUCUUAACUUCUGCACUCCAGAGAUUUCUAUUUUGUAGUACCUUCAGUAAUAUAUCAACUAUAUAUUUAAAAAGAAAAAAGAAAAAAAAAAAGAGCACACUUGAGCAGCUAGGGAACUAUUUUGAGAAGUAUAUUCAAUAUUUAAAGAUACAAACAGUAGUGCUUUAAAACUAUCACAUAAGACGUUAUUUUAAAAACUAUUACUGGAAAGUGCAAUUUUAAAAUGAGUAAAACCUCUAUGUGUGCUGGCAUUAAGGGUUGCCCGGGUUACCAUGGGUUAUCUACGAUGCUUCUAUUUUUUUUUUUUUUUUAAAGACGUACAACGCCCGGUCUCUCCCGCAGCCAGCAUCGGAGAGACUUGUCACACUCGGGGGUCCAGACACUGGAAAGCUCUCCCUGCCACCGUGCCCCGGGGCUAGCUCACACUCCCCGGGUCUUUGCUCUUCAACCUGAUGUUGCCUUCUACUUACUCCCCAGCUAAUUCUACCCACCCCACCUCCCCGUGUGGCAAGUCUAGAGCAGAUGAAUUAUGCUGGUAGAGAAAACAUGGGUGGCUUUUGUACUUCUUCCUGGGUUUUCUGUUGGGGAUUUUUUGGUUUUGGUUGGGGACGUAUUUUCAGUAGCCGAGUACGUGUAAGCACAGAUUUUAAUAGUUUUUCCAUGAGACACCUUUGCAUAGCUAUUUAAUUGCCCGAUAGAAGACUUCAGUUCCUUUUCUCACGCUUUGUAUUUUAUUUGCCUUUGAAGCGUGAGUUUUGUAGAGACGAUGAAUGUUAUGGUAGCAAGGCCCCCAGAGACUCCUGCUGCAGAGAGUGACGCUUCUAGUUGCCUUAACUGUGUUUCAUGCAGAAUGUCUGUGGUCGCCAGUGGCGUUAGAAAGAGUAUGUUUAUUGGACAGGGCUCUCCUCCCGGGCUGUGCCCGCCCAGGAGGAGGAGGGGUUGGGGGGAGACCUGCAGGAGUUAAGACAUAGUUUGUAAAUAUCUCCUAAUGCGACUUCUUAGGUUUUUUUGUUGUUGUUGUUGCAGAAGUUCAUGGUAUAGAGUUUAAUGCAAAAGGAAACCAUUUUAUUUCAAUGCUAAUUAAGCGUUUUGUCUUAUUGGGAAGGAAAUAUAUUGCUGCAGUGUUCCGUGCCUGUUUAAAGGCUUCUAUUUAGCAGAGUGAAUGUAAAAUACAGUACAAUAUUAAGAUUGUCAUCUACUUUAUGAAAUACACCACCGUGGAAUUUUUUUCUUUUUUUUUAAGGCCCUACCAAGAAAGUGAGGUGUGCAAUAGCUAGCAAGACACACACGGUUGUGUUUCUAUAGAAUGCCAGAGACCCAGCAAAUCUUCCCACGCGCUGAAUUUUUGCUGGUGGCCGGAAUUCUUAUUUGUGGAUGAAUAAUAGGAUCAUGCCUCUAACGAAUAUUUUAGUUUUGUUUUAAAUUUUAAAUUAAGAGAGUCCCAAAUCCUGCACCACCCCCACCCUUCCCUACCCCGCUACCAAUUUAGAGUGGGAUGAAUUUUUUAGAGAGAAGCAAUAUUUAUUUAUUGUGUAAGGUUACUGAGCGCUCACAAAGGCCUUUAAACACUCUUAGCCUUUCUUUCCAUCAUUCCUAAAUGACAUAAAGGAAUUGUGCAAUGUCCCUGACGAUGUACCCAGCAAGCUGCACCCAAACUCGAGUGCUGUUCGGAUCAGAGCCUCAGCCGUUGGCUUCGUGUGAAAGAAGUGGUCUCCCAGCGUCUGGUUGUCACAGAGGUUCACCGGCUGAGGCUCCGACCCAGCGGCCUUACUGUAUUUUACAUGAGCCUGUACACUGUGUUUUUUUUUUUUUUUGGGGGGGGGGGGGGAAGAAUUAUAAAAAGGAAAGGAAAAAGAAAUGAUACCUUAACAUGGCGAACGCCAGACUACCUUAAAAACAAAUGUUGGUGACAGCCAGCUACCUACCAGUGAGCCUCUUAGAACUGUUUCUAUUUCGAACCCAUUUCACAUACACUACUGAGGUAAGUUUAUAACUUGAAAUGUGAACUUUUUUUUUUUUUUUUUUUUUAGGGUUAAGAACAAACGAUAUAAAUGUAAAAAAAAAAAAAUGCUUUAGCGUUUUCUGUUUUCAAACGCGCUAGUGGUUUGCUUCUCGUUAGUUGCUUUGUAUUUGAAAAGCUUUUAAACUUAUUUCGCUCUUGCUCCAUUUACAGUACAUUCUUAGGCUGUAUGUAGUAAAUAAAGCUUUCUUUAAAGCAAUUUCA